AGGGAGCGGGGAGUUAGUCUGACAUGUCGAAGGAGCAUCCUGCAGGACCUGGGUCCGGGUCCAGGUCUGGGUCCGUGUCUGGGUCCGUGUCUGGAUCUGGGUCUGGGUCUGGGUCUGUCUGGGUCUGGGUCUGGGUCCGUGUCUGGGUCUGGGUCUGGGUCUGGGUCUGGGUCCGUGCCUGGGUCUGGGUCUGGGUCCGGGUCCAGGUCGGCGCAGCCCAUCGGGGCGGAGGCCCUGGUGGCCCUGCGAGGGGGUCUGGACCGCGUGGUGCUGAUCGACAGCCGGCCCUUCGUGGACUUCAACGCCUCGCACAUCCUGGAGGCCGUGAACGUGAACUGCUCCAAACUGAUGAAGAGGAGGCUGCAGCAGGACAAAGUCCAGAUCCACGAGCUGCUGCAGCACUCGGCCAAGAAGAAGUUGGAGCUGCAGGAGGACCAGGAGGUCGUGGUUUACGAUCAGAGUUCUUCACAUCCGUCUUCUCUGAGCUCCGAGUCUUUCCUCAGCGUCCUGCUGCUGAAGCUGGAGAGAAGCUUCCCCUCCGUUCACCUGCUCUCAGGUGGAUUCUCUGAGUUCUCCCACCUGUUCCCGGGUCUGUGUGAGGGGAAGUCCUCUCUGGUUCCCUCCUGCAUGUCUCAGCCCUGUCUGCCCGUCACCAACACCGGGCCCACACGCAUCCUGCCUCACCUGUACCUGGGCUGCCAGAGGGACGUCCUCAACAAGGAUCUGAUGCAGCAGAACGACAUCGUCUACGUCCUGAACGCCAGCAACACCUGCCCCAAACCGGACUUCAUCCCCGAGUCCCACUUCCUGAGGGUCCCCGUCAACGACUCCUUCUGUGAGAAGAUCCUGCCCUGGCUGGACCGGUCCGUGGAGUUCAUAGAGAAGGCCAAGGCCUCCAACGCUCGAGUCCUGGUCCACUGUCUGGCUGGAAUCUCCCGCUCCGCCACCAUCGCCAUCGCCUACAUCAUGAAGAGGAUGGACAUGUCUCUGGACGAGGCCUACAGGUUUGUGAAGGAGAAGCGUCCGACCAUCUCUCCAAACUUUAACUUCCUGGGUCAGCUGCUGGACUUUGAGAAGAGGAUCAAGACUCCUCCGGGUCCUGAGACCAGACUGAGGACUCAUCCCGAGCCCAGCGGUGAGGUCCCCCCUCAGCAUGAGGACCAGGACCCUCCAGCCUAUCAGGAGGCCCCUGUGGGUCCUGGCCCCGCCCCCAUGGAGCCCCUCACGCUGCCCUGUGUCCUGUCUGCUGGCCCUGAGGACCGUUGUCUGGCUCAGGCUCUGAGCGGCCUGCAGCUGGCCGACGAGGAGAGCGCCCGUCUGAAGCGCUCCUUCUCUCUGGACAUCAAGGCGUACGGCGAGCCGGCGGCGAGCGCCCACCGGGUCUACGUCCCCCAGGGGGGACCGGGAGACGCCGAGUUCUUCAAACCGUCCGGCUUCAAAGAGCCGAGCAGCAAACCGUGCCAGUUCUCCCCGGUGGAGGAGGUGUCGGAGCAGUCCACGCCGGAGCAGAGCCCCGACAAGGAGGAGGCCCCGCCCGCCUCCUCCAAACCUCCGCCCGCCGCCACAAACUGCAGGCUCCCGCUGCAGCGGAGCGGCAGCGUGGAGAACGCCACCAGCUUCCUGUUGGGCCUCUCCCGCAGCCAGCAGCACCUGUCCCGCCCGGGGCCCGGCGGGGCCCUGAAGGGCUGGAGCUCAGACCUCCUGCUGGGCCCCGUCGCCGUCUCCUCCUCCUCUCUGGCCGGAGGCUGGUACCUCUCCUCAGACUCCGCCCUCUUCUACUCCACCUCCGCCAUCCUCAGCGGCGGCGGCGUGGCGGCCUACGGCUGCGGCCACGGCCUGGAGGCGGUGCGGCGGCGCAGCCGGCAGAGGACGGCGGACCGAGGAGACUCGAGGAGGAGCUGGCACGAAGAGAGCAGCUUCGAGAAACAGCUGAAGAGACGCAGCUGUCAGAUGGAGCUCGGAGACGGGAGGACGGACAGCAGGUCCAGGGAGGAGAUGGGGACGGGGGGGCAGUCCAGCUUCUCCGGCAGCAUGGAGGUCAUCCAGGUCUCCUGAUCCUGGUCCUGGUCCUGGUCCUGGUCCUCAUCCUGGUCCUGGUCCGACUGAAGCAGCCUCACUGUGGUGCAGAGUAACGUGCAGCACACACCGACGUCCGUUCACUCCGACAGGAAGUGACAUCAGAACGAACUGAUCCAAACGUCAGAAACUGAACGGAGAGACGAGAGAGAGAGUUGCAUUCUGGGAUUGUUUUUAGCCUGGAUGUCGCUAAGCUAACAGUCUGUUCAGAGUUAAAGUGUGAAAACGAAUCAAAGGAACUGAAUCAUGGACGAGGAACAAAGGUUUUCUUAACGUUUCAUGAUGGUCGUCUUGUGUUUGACUUCAUGUGGAUCAAACAGCAGCUCCUCACUGACUCUGUCAACAUCUGGACUCUGUCAACAUCUGGACUGUGAUCAAAACAGCUGCUUUCAAAUCUGAAUUAUUUUACUAAAGAAACAUCUGAACUGAUCAAACAUUAAUCAGAACAAUAAACAAAUUCAACAACGUCUGAGCUUUGUGUUCAUCAGAAACAGA